UGCAGCAGCGUUUUUUUUCUCUCGCUUCGAUUCCAAUUCGCGAUGCAAUUUUUGGGUAUAAAUACGCGCUUUUGUACCAAUCAAAAUCAAUCGAAGGUUUUAGUUCAAACAAUUCAGACAUGGCAUUCAAAUUGUUCUUGUUAGCCGCUAUCAUUGCUGUCAGUCAGGCAGUAGUUAUUCCAGGCGCUCCAAUAGGAUAUCCAGGAUAUGCUCCAUUGGGAUAUCCAGGUGUUGCAAAGGUUGCAGCUCCACUUGCUGUUGCCAAAGUUGCUGCCGAUGAUUACGAUCCAAAUCCACAAUACAGCUACAGCUAUGACAUCAAUGACGCUUUGACCGGAGAUUCCAAGAGCCAAAGUGAAAGCCGUUCAGGAGAUGUUGUUCAAGGAAGUUAUUCAUUAGUCGAACCUGAUGGCACCCGGCGUAUCGUGGAAUACACAGCAGAUCCAGUACAAGGAUUCAAUGCCGUUGUACACAAAGAGCCAUUGGGUGUGAAAGCCGUUGCCAAAAUUGGUGUAGCCGCUCCAGUUGUCGCUAAAGUCGGUGUUGCCGCUCCAGUUCUAGGAGGCUAUCCAGGCUAUUCACCAUACGGACCACGUUUGGCACCACAUUUGGGUGCUGUCUAUCACUAAAUUCUUUUGAUCACACUGAACCGACGCACAAUAUUUCCACAAACAAACAUAAUAAUACGAAACAAAACAAUGUAAAUAUGAUAUCAGAUGUCAUCUACCACACGUCACCUCUAUCGCUUUUUAUAAACUCUUCACUUUCUUCCUAAAAAGCACGACUUUUGCUUUGAGUCUAAAACAUUUUUAAAUUUUCUUAAUAUUUUUUUUACGUGUAUAUUAUGUAACUAUGUAAUUAUUUCAUUAUCGUCAUCAAGCAACCACAUAGAAAAAAAACUGCCAUCUCAGCACCAACAGCACAGCGUGAGCGUGUGUGUGUGUGCUUGUGUGUGUGCCUGCGUUGGUCGAUCGAACGAGAGCCACGCACACACAUACACACACUCAAUUAAAAACAAAAUCGAUCGAAAACCACACAGUGAAUUAUUGUGAAACUAUCUUGAAUUGUAAAUAAAUAAUCCUUGAUGGAAUUCAUUUAAUCACAAUAAAACUAAAAAAACACACAAAAAGAUUCGUAAAAGGAAAUGUGUUUACAAACACCCAUAAACAAA